UUUCGCUUGAGUUUUCUUGGCAAUUUAUUCAUGAACGUGCUCCCACCUCAGUGCUGGCUGCAUUUCCGAGCCAUUCUGGCGCUAGGGUGCUCCAGCUGAAGGCCAUGCGCUGUGUAGCGUUGAGCUGCGCCACUUCGUAGUGCAAGUCAGGCGUUGAGCCAUGAGCAGCACCAGAGCGGGCUGGCUGCCGCCCGCGUCCAGCCGAAGCAUCGUGGAGAGUUAUGUUACCCGCAUGGCUUCGCAGCUCCCCGAGGACUUCGCGUUCGCGACCCUGGUGCCGUGGGGCUCGCCGCACAAGCCAGGCAGGCUUGUUGCGCCGGACGCCGCCCAUGAGCCGAUCGCCGAUAGCCGGAUUUAGGGUUUAGGGUUUAGGGUUUAGGGUUGCGCCGGACGCCGCCCAUGCCGACCUGUGGAGGCAGAUCGAGCCGAACAACAACUUUCGUGUGGCCCUGCUGCAGCUGCUCGAGAUCCCUGGCAACAUGAACCGGGAGUACGUGGAGAUGCUCAUGGCACGCCACGACGUGCUCCUCCCCUUGGGCGCCGACAUGGUGAUACUCGACCCCAGCGACGAUCCAGAUGGUCUGUGCGCGGAGCUCAACCUACAGUGGGCAUGGCUUGAAGCAAUUGCCUGGCGUGUACAGUGCAUGGUCGAAGGUGCUGACGAGAAGGCAGAGGCUACGCUGAAGUACCAACACGAGCUGCUUUGGGAGAGCAUUCCGAAAGUUAUGAUGCGCGGGUUCCCCCCGGUCGAUCAUAGUCUUGUGGAGACGGCUACCCGUGUGGGAGAUCUCCAGCUGGUGCGCAAUUUGAACCCAAGGAACAGCAACGUGUUCCUGGCGCGUCGCAGUGCGACCGAGAAAGUCGCCCUCAAAGUCUAUGACAAGUCAAACUAUGUAACUGCCGGGGACGUGGAGAACAUUUAUCGCGAGCUGAGUUUCCUGAGGGACGUUCUCCGACACCCGCACAUCGUCCAGUGCACUUCCGUGCUCCAUAGCUUCUCGCGGGUCUACUUGGCCCUCGAAGUCGGGGGCACGAAGAAUCUGAGCCAGCACCUCAUGAACCAGCCAGGGUACCGCGCCGACUCGCAGGAAGCUGUGGACUGCACCGCGCAGAUAGCAGAAGCGCUGGCCUUCUGCCAUUCGCGUGACAUCGUGCACAGGCAAGUGUCUCUGGAUCACAUCAUGGUAGAUGACCAGUCGGAAACGCCCUUCUGCCGCUUGGUGGACUUCUUCGCGGCGACGUGCUGCGCGGGGUCGACGCCGUCGACCACGGCGUGCGGGGAGCUGCCGUGCAUCGCCCCGGAGAUGGCGCUGGAUGCGUCGUACGCCGCCAAGCCGGCGGAUUGCUGGAGCCUCGGGGUGGUGCUUCUCGAGGCCGCUGGGGGCCUGGGCUCGAUGAGGCUGGCGGUCGGCUGGCUGGAGGAUACGGAGCUGGAGCCCGCCGCCGCCAGGGUCCGGAGGUUCUUCUCCUGCGAAGGCAGCUGCGCCCGUGCGCUGGCGGCCAUGGGCGGCGUGCGCAGCCCUGCGGUGUUGGCCAGGCUCUCUGGGCUCCUCGAGCCGGAGCCCACGGCGCGUGCCAGCGCGUGCGCCAUCUGCGGCUCUUCUGAGGCCCCCUGAGGCUCCCUCGGGCCAUCGCGAGGCCCUUCGGGAGCCUUCCUGCGCCCCUGUCGGCAUUUGCUUGGGCCAUCUUGGCCCCUCCUGGAAUCGAAGGGGGGGCCGCGGGGCCGCUCCUGGGGGACCUCCUUUGGCCCUCCCAGACAUCCGCCGAUGUGAUCUUUUCAAUCCGCGGCCCCAGAGACAUGCCCUAGAUGGCCCAAUAUGGCGCCCAAGCCGCUUUACACGCUUUCAGACGGCCCAGGACGCGCCAAGACCGCUCAGUAGCUCCAAGAGUUCCGUGCGUAGUUGCUCGGAAGAGCAGCACCUCAGCAGGGGCCGUGGUGGGACUGCAGCCGCGGGGCUGACGGCACCCGUCAACCUUUCGCGUUUAGGUGCGUGGGCCCGUGUGUGCUGCUGCCGUGUUGCUCCCUGGCUUGGUGGCAACUGUGAAGCCGCUGGGCGACCUUCGGCUCUCCCGAAGGCGGCCCCUAGGCGGCCCGCAAGAAGGCGGCCUUCGGCGACCCUGAGUGCGGCUCUCAACGGCCUCAGGGCGGCCCUGAGGCGGCCUUCGUACUGCUAGGAAGCCAGUCCCGCUGCCGCGAUGUUCCUCCUCGAUCCCCGAGGACGGAGGCCAGCCAAGCACGGGGGGUGAGAGCCAUUCAUUCCCCUGAUGGUUGCCAUGGAGUUUCGUUGGCGUGCUCGCUCUCUCCUCGUCCCCUUCCGCCAGGCAGCACAUGGCCCCGAGGUGGCCCGAAACCAGGCGCCACGAGAGGAACGGCAGCUCCGCCUCGUCGCCCGGGGGACCCGGGCGACAGCCUUCCCGAGCACGCGGGUGCCACGGCCUUCCAGACACGGGCACGUGCCCUAGAUGGUGCUUCAGGUGGUACCAGCCCAGAAUGAUCGCUUGUCAAAAAAGUCAGGGCGGC